AGCACAAAAUGGCGACUUCCUUGCGUGCGUGCUCGCAUGUGUUCAGCUGCUUGAACUGGUGCGUCUGCUAGCCGCUGGUAUGAAAUUUGCGUUCCGGUGAAAAUACACAUAGCGUCUCAAGUUCAAAACUUCGCUUUAUUUCUGACUGUGCAUUACCGCUGAACAUGUUCGCUGCUUGCCGGAAUUCAAUUCUGUCCACGCCGAAGCUCUCGGCGAACUCCCUUCGUUACUGCACCGGCUCCGCGUCGGAAGCGUCACUCGGCUCUACGACGAGCGCCGGUGCAAGGACACUUUCUAAAGAAGAGAUCGACAAAAAGCGCGACGUGUCCCGCAUUGUUCCGCGAAAGUACUCCAGAGGCGUCAAGCUCGAGUACACUUUCCCGGAGUACGAGUAUGAAUAUAGGAUCAGCUACAUGCGCAAGGACUACGCCAAGUUCGGUCGCGCUACGGGCAUUAACCCGGGCUUAUUGUGGCCUUCCAAGGAAGAAAUACAGGACUUGGUGCAUAUCGAAAAUAAGUUCUACCCAACGCUUCAAGAUUUGUGGGACAAAGACCGGGCCAAGCAAAGGGCCGAGGCGGAGGCACGACGACAGAGGGAAGAGGAGGUUGAGAAAAACAUGGCCAAGUUGGCUGACGCGAGGAUCGCCAUGCUCGAGCGAGACGCCAAUAGGAAGGCCAAGGCCGAGGAAGACCGACAGCAACGCGAGCAGAUGAUACUGGAGGUCCGCGAGUACAUCGGCUACAACGUGGAGCCUUCCGAUCCCAAGUUCAAAGAGGUGAUGGCGAUGAAGGAAGAGGAGAGAAAGAAAGCACAAAAGGAGGCGCGCAAGAAAGCCAAGCAGGAAAGGAUGCUCGCCAAACUCAUGGCCAUAGGAGCUACGGGCAGCGAUGAGAGUAAUGCUGCCUCAGAUAAAGACGACACGACGCAGGAAAGCAAACUCGCGGAAAAAGAAGACUCAUAGGAAUGUCACGCUGUGCUCAUAGAAUAUUAAUAAAGUGGAAUUAGCAAGUA